CUUAGGGCGGUGGUUGGGACUUUCUGCAGUACCACUUUAGCAGUUCUCUUUCUCCUGAGCCACAGUAGUAGCAGAGCCACUCCGGCCACCAGCAGGCCUAGUAGUAGAACCACAGCCACCCCAGCUCCAAUCCCUGGUCCUAAUGAUGAUGACUUGGAGGACCGAGAGUCUGGGGAGAUGUGCCUGGAGGAGGUGUGGGCUCAGUAGCUGCUUUGGUGGAUGUGGGAGGUUUGGAGGUCUCGGUUACUGAUGGAGAUGUACCAGGAGAAGGGGUGGGAGACUGUGAAAGAUAAGUGCUAAGCGUUGAGGAUAUAGCUGCAUUUGUGGAAAUGCCUCUAGAGAUUGAGAGAGAUACUGAUGGUGUUGAAAGUGUUGUCUCCACUAAAUCCAAAUAUGUGGCCGUGCUGGUAAGUGUUACCGGCUAU